AUGAGACGGAAGAAAGUAUUUAAUGCGUGGGAUUCCGUAGUUGUGGGAGUCUGUGAGGCGUGGGCUAUCCAACGAGUUGACUUUACGAUGCGGAACCUUGUUAAGAUUCUGGCUGUCGCGUGUCUGGCGGCCACGGCUUCGGCUGUGACGCCUAUUUCUGAUGCCGACAUGACGCAGUUGCUUAAUGAAGGGGGUGUUAGUCUGGCGAUGAAGGCACAGCCCAUGUUCUUCUUUGGCCAGGCGUUAAACCACCCUCCCUGCAUACCAACCUUUGCGACCGUGGACGGCAAGCAGGUUGCUUCGUCGAAACUCUGCGACUGGCCUGACGUUGGCUGUAAUUGUCGAAAUCCCGGCGUUGGCAUCGGCAAUCCGAGCCCUUCGUUUCCCAUCUACUAUAGCUACCAGAAGUGUUCUGAUACUUCUGUCAGAGUCGCGUAUAAUUUGUUUUAUACAAAGGAUGGCAAUAACCCGAAUAAGGUGUUUGGGCAUCCAUAUGACUGGGAGCGCGUGAUUGUUGUCUUCACAAAGGCCACUGACGGCCAAUGGAGACCGGACCAGCUGUUCUUAUCUCAACAUAGCGGGUAUGGCCGAUUGCAGUGGGCAAAGAUUCAGAAUACUAUUAAUGCGGAGGAUGCUACGAAGCCGCGUGGCGGUGAUGACGGCCGACAAUACCUAGACCAUCCCAAGGUGUAUGUCGAAUGGAGCAAGCAUGCCCAUCGCGACACACGCAACACGGGUUGGAACGACGCCCUGUCUCAACUCACCGACAAUGCCUUCAGAUCCAACGACUGGUGGUAUUUUCCAAAACGGGACGACUAUAUCCGAGCGGAUCGAUCGACCGACGUUGGACGGCUUCUGGGCAGUCUCAACUGGGGAGAUGCGUCGUCUAACCCGCCUUCAGUGCAUGACGGUCUUUGCACUGCUUAA